GUUUUGGUUGGGUGGAAUAUGAUUUCAACAGCGCUUUUUGUUACACACUUGAAUAUUCAAUCCAAGCAAUCAAGUUUUACCUGUCGCGGUUGCUUGAGUUGGAAAAGCAAGGCUAUUUUUCAAUAUUGUCUCUUUCGAAGGAGCUUCAUCGGGAAACGAAACAAAUCUCUUUCACUGUUUUCAGUACAGACAGGUUGGAAUCGGAGGGUUUUAUUGCAGACUGUAGCCUGUCUUUGCACUUUGCCUUUUUUUCAUUCGUGUCUUGUUCAUUCAGCUAGUAAUGAUGAAGUUGUGCUUCCUGAUGGAGUCCGGUUUUGGUUAGUGAAAAGAGGUACUGGGAAGGUACAUCCAGCUUUAGGAGACCUUGUUGGUAUCCGUUUUCGUGCCAAAUAUGGAGACUAUGUAUUUGACGACAUUAUGGAGUCUGAGCAGCCUUACUACUUGAGGAUUGGCAGUAACAUUGUGAUCCAAGGCGUCGAGGAAGUGUUACCAUUGAUGAACGUGGGUGAUUUGGUUCAUAUUGUGGUUCCAAGCAAUGCAGCGUUUGGUUCCAAAGGAAGGAGAGCUAGUCCAGGAAAGAGAGCUAUUCCGCCAAAUGCGACCAUUGAGUACGACUUGGAACUUGCGGAACUCCCCGGAAAAGAGGAUUUCACGCCGGAAGUACUUGAUUCACCUUAAGUAGGAAUAGAACAAAAAACCUAUCCCU